AUGCUCAAUCAAAAUCAACGUUGUCCUGGCUUAUAUUGUGGACGAACUUUCGACAAUGAAAGUUGGUCUGAAUGUGGUGCUUGUCCAAGAGGGUCGCGCACAAAUGCAAGCUCUAUUUGCAAUGUAUGCGAAGCCGAUCCUAAAUUAUAUGAUUGGAUGUAUUUAGGAUUUAUGGUUCUCCUACCUCUAGUACUGCAUUGGUUUUGUGUAGAUCUUGUCGCUAAACGAAGAAGUUUCAGCAUCCAAGUAUUCAUUCUACAUUUGAGUUGUUUAUUUGAGGUAGGAAUUGCUGCAUUUUUCACUAUAUUGUGGGUGGAACCUACUUGGUCAUUUAGAGUUAAAUCUUGUGGUGUUGUUCGCUUAGCCGACUGGUACACUUUGCUUCACAAUCCUACCCCAAAUUACGAAAAGGCACUUCACUGCACACAGGAAGCAGUUUAUCCAUUACAUACUAUGGGUUUUGUAUUUUAUGGACUUUGCAUAGUUUUAAUGCUUUCUAUAAGACCAUAUUUGAGUAAAAAAUAUCUACCACAUACUGGUAAGAUGGCUAUAUAUUAUGCACUUUAUUUUUUUCCAAUAUUGGCUUUGUUACAUGCCGUUGCUGGUGGUUUGAUAUACUAUGCAUUUCCAUACAUAACCAUUAUCUUAUCUGUUGUAUCAAAUGCUACACAUUUCUCUUUCAAACUGGAUCAAUCAAUGAAGGAUUUAAUUCGAUCUUCGAUUGCUGAUUUGAGGAAUGCUAUUAUCAUCAUGGGACAUUGGAUUAUACUUGCUUAUGGAUUAUUAGCACUAACUAUAGAUAAAGGUGUGCCACAUCCCUUUGUUUUAUUGACCCUGGUACCACUACCAGCUGUUUUCUAUAUUCUCACAUCUCGAUUUACAGAUCCUAAUAAAAUACACACUGAUUAG